CGGAGACAAACAGACCAGCAUCGGGGUGACAAGGGAUAACCCUAAUAGGGUUAGGGUACUAUCGUAUUCCCUCGAAAAAGCAGAUUCACCCUUGUCCUGGAAAACCUUAUCCCCACGAAAGCAAACUUCGAACUCUCACCAAGAUAAAUGGGUCUCCGAAAUGGCAGCGAACGUCUCAGAACAAUGUGGACACAUGAGAUGGAUCGGUAUUUUGUUGGUCUUUUGUUAGAGCAGGUUGGUCAUGGAAGUAGAUUUGAUGAUCAUUUGUUCAGCAAAAGAGCUUGGAAGCAUAUGUCCUCAACGUUCAAUGCAAAGUUCAGAUUUCAAUAUGAAAAAGAUGUUCUAAAAAAUCGCCACAAAACGCUAAGGAAUUUGUACAGGGGUGUUAAAAACCUUCUUGCCCUGCCAGGUUUUAGCUGGGAUGAAAAGCGAAAUAUGGUCACUGCUGAUAAUCAUGUUUGGGAUGAAUAUCUCAAGGCACAUCCCAGUGAACGAUCAUACAGAAUAAAAAGCAUUCCUUAUUUCAAAGAUUUGUGUACUAUUUAUGGACAUGUGGCGAUGGAAGAAAAAGGUGAUAAUGAACCAGAAGGGUCAUCUAAUUCUGGUGAAAAUGGAACAAACAUACCCUAUCUAGCUAAGGAUGUUGGUGAGGAUGCUGAUGAGGUUCUUCAUGGCAUAAAGAUUGAUGAAGAUUAUGGAAUCUCUACCUUGGAAAGUACAACUGAUGAUUCCGAGCAGAGGGCACCUAAGGAAACAGCAACCUCAUUUUGUACCCGGACCCGGACCUAUUGGCAGCCACCAAUGGAUCGUUACUUCAUUAACCUAAUGCUUUCCCAUAUGCACAGAGGGAGCCGGGCUGAUGGUGUCUUCAGUAAACAAGCAUGGAUGGAGAUGAUUUCAUCAUUCAAUGAAAAAUUUGGUUUUGACUAUAGUUUGGAUAUUCUUAAAAAUCGAUACAAAACUCUGAGAAGGCAAUAUAAUUUAAUUAGAAGUCUUCUUGAUUUGGAUGGGUUUGUCUGGGAUGAAGCACGCCAGAUGGUAACUGCUGAUGAUUGUGUCUGGCAAGAUUAUAUUAAGGUGCAUACUGAUGCACGGCAGUUUAUGACCCGACCUUUGCCAUAUUAUAAAGAUUUGUGCGUCAUAUGUGAUCCAAAUUUUGAUGAAAAAGAGUCUACUCUGCCUCUGGAUUUAGAGCAUGAAAAUGUAGUUGAUGUUAAGACUGAUAGUCAUUUGACAUCUAAAGCCGGUCAGUCUCCAAUUACAUCCAGUUCCAAUGAAGACCAAUUUAGUGGUAUCAAGGAGUUAGCUCAUAUGGGUCGGAAACAAAAGCGUCAAUUAGAAAAGCAUUGUGGUUCUUCUAGUCCUAAAAAAUCAAGGGAGGAUGAACAAGGCAUGGCUAUCGCUCUGCAUGAGAUGGCAACUGCAGUUUCUACUCUGUCUACAAAAAAGAAUGAUGAUAACUCGAUAUCAAUAGAGAAUGUCAUAGAAGCAGUACAAGCAUUGCCUGAUAUGGAUGAAGAUCUGGUUUUGGAUGCUUGCGAUUUCCUGGAGGAUGAAAAAAAAGCCAAAACAUUUAUUGCAUUGGAUGCUAAGUUAAGAAAGAAAUGGUUGAUUAGGAAACUUCGCACACAGGUGUAGCCUGUGCACCCUUUCCUUUCUAUUAGUUUAUAUUUUCUUAUUGGUUAAUGGUUUUUAUCCUUAUACUUUUAGCAGGAAUAGCUGAAUAGAUCUUUCUUUUUUGGCAGUCUAAGUAGAUUAGUAAUUUGGAAGGCAAAGUAAUCUUAGAUGUAAAUACUCAUGUUAUAUGAAUGGAAAAUGUUUGAAAAAUUAGUGGCCUGCAAUUGAUUGAUAAUC